UAGCACGUUUCUCCCUCUCCCCUCCUUUCUCCUUCCCUCCAGCCUCCAGGAUUCCUCUCUUCCUAUUUCAGGGGGGACUCUCUCACAGGCUCCCUCCGCCUGUGCGAACCCGAGGUUUCCUCCGGAGCCCGUGCAUCCCCAACACAUACCUCCACGCAGCCCCGUCCCCCAGAGCCCCGCGCUCCCACACACACACCCGCGCCCGCCCGUCCGCCUCCCUCCUCCCCGGGGAGCCGGCGCGUCCCCACCUCCGCCGCUCACUUGGGCGAGUGGAGCUCGCCGGCCGCGCUCCAGGAUCCUGCGGCUCGGAACUCGGAUCGCGGCUCUGCACACCCUCAUGGUGGUGGAUCCUGAAACAUUGCCUCCUCUCCCUCGUUUCGAUCGCACCCCUUUCGAUCUGGGGGGCUAGAGAGGAGCCAAGGCGGCUGCUUUCCCCAAGCCAGCCCCGUUUGGCUCGCCCUCUCCAUCUGGCUUAGAAAAGUUUGCUGAGCGCGGUCCAGAGGUUCUGCGCGGCUCGUCCCCCCUCGGCCGGCGGAAGGGAGUGACGCCGGGCAGCGGUGGAGAGGAGCGCGCCGCUGAGCUCUGGCGGGCUUUCGGCUCGAGGGGCAAGGUGAAGAGCGCACGGGCCGUGGGGUUUUCCCGAGCUGGCUUUGCAUGGUGCACCAUGCCUUCUUGGAUCGGGGCUGUGAUUCUUCCCCUCUCCGGGCUGCUGCUGUCCCUCCCGGCCGGGGCGGAUGUGAAGGCGCGGAGCUGCGGCGAGGUCCGCCAGGCGUACGGCGCCAAGGGAUUCAGCCUGGCGGACAUCCCCUACCAGGAGAUCGCAGGGGAGCACUUAAGAAUCUGUCCUCAAGAAUAUACCUGCUGCACCACCGAAAUGGAGGACAAGCUGAGCCAGCAGAGCAAGCUGGAGUUUGAAAACCUUGUGGAAGAGACCAGUCACUUCGUGCGUACCACCUUCGUGUCCAGGCACAAGAAGUUUGAUGAAUUUUUCCGAGAACUCCUAGAAAAUGCAGAAAAGUCACUCAAUGAUAUGUUUGUACGGACCUAUGGGAUGCUGUACAUGCAGAAUUCAGAAGUGUUCCAGGACCUAUUCACAGAGCUGAAGAGAUACUACACUGGGGGCAACGUGAACCUGGAGGAGAUGCUCAAUGACUUCUGGGCUCGGCUCCUGGAACGGAUGUUUCAGCUAAUAAACCCGCAGUAUCACUUCAGCGAGGACUACCUGGAAUGCGUGAGCAAAUACACAGACCAGCUGAAGCCAUUUGGAGAUGUACCCCGUAAACUGAAAAUCCAGGUCACCCGCGCCUUCAUUGCUGCUCGGACCUUUGUCCAGGGGCUGACUGUGGGCAGAGAAGUUGCCAAUCGAGUUUCCAAGGUCAGCCCCACCCCAGGGUGCAUCCGUGCUCUCAUGAAGAUGCUGUAUUGCCCGUACUGUCGAGGACUCCCCACCGUGCGACCCUGCAACAACUACUGCCUCAAUGUCAUGAAGGGCUGUCUGGCAAACCAGGCGGAUCUGGACACCGAGUGGAACCUGUUUAUAGAUGCAAUGCUCUUGGUGGCAGAGCGACUGGAAGGACCUUUCAACAUUGAGUCGGUCAUGGAUCCUAUAGAUGUCAAGAUCUCUGAAGCCAUUAUGAACAUGCAAGAAAACAGCAUGCAGGUGUCUGCAAAGGUCUUUCAGGGAUGUGGCCAACCCAAGCCUGCUCCAGCCCUCAGGUCUGCCCGCUCAGCGCCUGAAAAUUUUAAUACACGGUUCAGGCCUUACAAUCCUGAGGAAAGACCGACAACCGCAGCAGGCACAAGCUUAGACCGGCUGGUCACAGACAUAAAAGAGAAGCUGAAGCUCUCUAAAAAGGUCUGGUCGGCGUUGCCCUACACCAUCUGCAAGGAUGAGAGCGUGACCGCGGGCACGUCCAACGAAGAGGAAUGCUGGAACGGGCACAGCAAAGCCAGAUACUUGCCUGAGAUCAUGAAUGAUGGGCUAACCAACCAGAUCAACAAUCCUGAGGUGGACGUGGACAUCACCCGGCCCGACACUUUCAUCAGGCAGCAGAUCAUGGCUCUCCGUGUGAUGACCAACAAGCUAAAGAACGCAUACAAUGGCAAUGACGUCAACUUCCAGGACACAAGUGAUGAAUCCAGUGGCUCAGGGAGUGGCAGUGGAUGCAUGGAUGACGUGUGUCCCACGGAGUUUGAGUUUGUCACCACGGAGGCCCCUGCUGUAGAUCCCGACCGGAGAGAAGUAGACUCUUCUGCAGCCCACCUCAGCCACUCCCUGCUCUCAGCGUGUCUCGUCUGCAUUGUCCUGGCACUGCAGAGACUGUGCAGAUAAUCCUGGGUUUUUGGUCAGAUGAAACUGCAUUUUAGCUAUUUGAACAGCCAACUCACUUCUUUUCUUACACUCUUGGACAAUGGACCAUGCCACAAAAACUUACCGUUUUCUAUGAGAAGAGCAGUACUGCACUCUGCCUCCCUUUUUGUUUUCCCAAAGAGUACCGGGUGUCAGACUGGACUGCUUCCUCUUUCCUUUGCUAUCUGUGGGGACCUUGUCUAUUCUAGAGAAUUCUUACUCAAAUCUUUCGUACCAGGAGAUUUUCUUACCUUCAUUUGCUUUUAUGCUGCAGAAGUAAAGGAAUCUCACGUUGUGAGUCGUCCCCAUCCCUGCUUUAUAACAACUUAAAAAAAAAAAAAAAGUAGAAAUAAUGUUCUUCAUAAAAUCAGGCCAAACCCCAAGACAACUGCAUUUUCAACAAAGAAGCAAGCCAGAGAGAAAAAUAAAAGAGCUCUAACACUAUCAAUUCAAUAUCACCAGGCAACUCCCAGUGUAAGCUUUUCUGUGACUAGUUCAGCUUUUUUAAAAAAAAUGCUAUGGAGAGAAAGUUUUAAAAUAUUUUUAGUGAAGUGAAAAUACACUGUUGUCUUGGAGGUAUCGUCUUGCAUUCUAACCAUGUAGCACCAAAGUGAUUUAGAGGUACUGGUACUAAAUUUGAAUUCUACCUUUAAAAUGACACAAAAUAUUGCUACAACUCAGCACCUCCCUCACCCUGACCAAUUUCAGUUGCAGUAAUGGUACCAUUCUCCUCAAUUCUCUUAAUGUCUGUCCACUGGAUCCAAUUGGCACAGAUUUUCCCCUUCAUCUUUAGUUACUAGUGGACAUCCCCAUCAAUUAGUCCUCCUCAAGGAUCUGAAUUGAAAAUAAUCAUCAACAAAUGCAAUCGCCUUGUUUUAGUCACAGGUUGGCCAUUAAUUUGGUUUCUGCCCCUGUGCUCAUUACCUCCCAAAUGAAGAUUUAUUUUAGUGAACUGACAAGCAGUUAGACCCAUCAGUGAGUUUUCAUUUUUAGCCAUUUCCUUUGUGUCAAUUGGUUUCUGCAUCACAAGGGCAUUCUCUUACAAAACAACUCACAACA